CUGAAAUUAAGAAGCGCAUUUUGUAGCACAUCUCACAAAUUUGUACAGCCUAUUCAUGGAUGUUACCCGACAGUUUAUCGCUUUCGUUUUAUUUGCCACUGCUGCAGGUGGCCUUUCUCAAGUUCGAGCAUUGUAUCAAAGUGUAUUCAACUGUCGCCGUAUUGUUCCACCAGUAAUAACUACCAUUUAUUCUCCAUGUACAUUUCCGUGUGUGCUGCCCCUGGGCGAUGGAGUCGGGAAGGUUAUGCUUCUGUUGGAGCGUGAUGGAACGCCUUGCAAGGGCGGCUUCUGCAAGAGCGGUAUUUGCAAGGAGAUUCCUUCAUUCCCACUACAGAACCACUUGAAGCAUGAGUUCAUUUCUGCACUCAAAUUGCCUCAACCUGGAUUCCGUUACAGCAACGCCAAACGCAACCUCCAGUGGUUACCUCCGGUCAAUACCAGCAGCAACAAAGCCCCUAAAGAAGCCGACAUCCUAACAAAUACGCUACAACGUAUAAGCAUGACUGCAAGUUCAGGAGCCAGCGGAAAUCCUGCAUCUGCAAGCAGAAAUACUAAACACGUCGCGGUGAUGUUGACGGCCGGAAUCGUAGACGAGAUAUUUAGGUCAUGGUGCGAAAUCUCGGAUAAGUGAUCCAAGCAGCGGUAAUAGUCAUGACUUCCAUGACGUUGGAUGAAUUAGUGGACAUCAUCGUUACAGGCGAGCAUUAUCAAACUAUGGCCUUGGUCCCAUCGACGAGCGGUAUAAAUUCAUCUUAGAAAACAGUGAUCUUGACAGCGAUGAGGUGCUUUUUAGUCCAGGCGAUAGGACUGGUGCUGGUGGUAGAAACUGGACUGUGGGGGGCCACAUGGGCGUCCCUGGUCGCGAAAGACUAUGGGAUCGCUAUAGGUACGGUCCAACACUCGGUAAUCAUUUCGUCUCCGGUCACACUGGCUACAGAAAUGGGUAUAAUCCCGGCAAUGGUGUCAGUCGAGCCGUGGCUUUGCUGGCUACCGCAGGCUUGCUCACGGGAGGCCGUGGCGGUAGGGGAAGUAGUGAUAGUCACAACGUAUUGAGAAACCAUGGCGCGGGCACUAAUAGUAGAUAUUCAAUUCCUUCUAACAGCCUCAGCAGCGUUUCUUCAGUUAGUGGAAUCAGCGGCAGAAAUGUUGGGUCAAAUAGCUUUCUCGGUCGCAGAAGCUGGGGCAGUAGUCGUGGCGGAAGUGGCAAUGGAGGUAGACGCUAUGGUAGUAGCAGCCGCGGUGGUAGUGGCCGUGGAAGUAGCAGUUAUGGCAGUAGCAGCGGCAGUAAGCGUGGGGGUAGCGGCAGUGGACGCAGUGGUGGUGGCGGCGGCCGCGGUUCGCGAGGAUAACUGGCUGCCUACUUGAAGCAGGAAUUCAAGAUAUACAGUUGACUUCCGUAAGAUUCCAGUUGGUGCAGCCCCUGUGAGUGUAGCUUCACCUAGUUAAUCAGGCGCCUGGGUCCUUCGCAAAUAUCAUGCGAGACAUGAAUGGGCAUUUAGCGAUAUAUUAAGACGUAUAAAGCAUGAGCGCAGAUAAAGAAAUGAUAUUACUGGGAAGCACAUGCGCUUGUCCAAAAAUAUUUUAAAGCUUGUUGUCAAAGCCCCAUCUGGGCAUCGCAAACUGUUUUUAUUUUUUAAAAAUAACCGCCUCGUUACUCUUUCUUAAAUUCACAUGGUAGUAACACAAUAUUUAGAAUGAUUGUUCAAAAACAUCAUAUAUA